UUCGUACUGUUCGAACGCAGGUGUCGCGCCACCACGGCAUUGUCCGCAAGCAUUUCGCAUUAUUUUUAAAAUUUAGUUUCCUUGUUUUUUAUUUAAUUUUAUUGCGUGUUCUGUGAAAUUUGGAAAAUUAUAGCCAAUUGAGUACAAAAAUAUUUUCUAAAAAGUGAAACUACAAACUUUAAUUAUAAAUUGAAAAUUUGCAAAAAAAAUCAAAUGUCUUCGCUGAAAAUUCAAUUUCCCCCGCAUACUUUUUCACGCCUCUUCCGCCCCUGGGACAUGGCGCCCAACGCAGACGCUGCUAACGCCAGCAACGCCACCAGCAACCCCACAAUGCCACAGAAUCUAAGCAUUCAUGGUGUGGAUACACCACCCACAGCCACAAAAACAAUUAAGGUAGAAGAUGAGGAGGUGGAAGUGGAUGAUGAUUAUUACCUGCAUACGAAUCGUACCUCUGAAUGUGCUUCCAACCAAAGUAAUUGUAGUCGUCUCAGCGACGAGACCGAACUCUACCAGCGUGAGCAGUCUACCACUGAUGGCAGAAACUUACUAACACGAAUCACUCCAACUACCGCCAUAUGUCCGACGCAAACGCCCGAGAAUGGCUACAUUGCAAGACCCACAUUAAAUAGGGAAAUUUUUGCGACGCCGCAUCACUUUCGCAGCAGAGAAGUGCUUGAGUCGCAGCAUCAAUAUCAACUGCACUUGUUGGCACAGAAUGUUAUGCCAACAACGACGACGGCUCCAGUAGCAAUGCCUAACGAAUACUUUUAUGCGACUAGUACGGCAGCUGCUAUGAGCAGAACCAGCGAAGUCAUUACAGCGUUGCCUCCCACAUCCAUCCUGCCCACGUCCAAUAGCGCCGCGGCUGUAGCAGCAGCAGGAUUUGCCGAUAUGGAUGCGUACGCGCUCGAUUUAAUGGGACGCGAAUAUGCACGCAUUAUGGCCGAAGAGGCGCAAACCAAGGCCUUCAAUGCGAGAAAACAGCGUCCAAAGAAAUUUCGAUGCCCACAAUGCGAGGUGGCUUUCUCAAAUAAUGGACAACUGAAAGGGCACAUACGGAUACAUACCGGCGAACGUCCUUUCAAAUGCCACGUCGAGUCUUGCGGUAAGACAUUUACGCGCAAUGAGGAGCUGACCCGACACAAACGCAUACACACAGGACUGCGACCAUAUCCAUGUGCCGUUUGCGGUAAGAAGUUUGGCCGACGCGACCAUCUCAAAAAACACAUGAAGACCCAUAUGCCACAAGAGCGUCAACUGCGACCUGCCAUAUUAAUGCCUAUCUACCCGUACCUCUAUGGAUACUAAGAGACCUUGCAAUUUCGCUUCCACCAUCAUAUUGAGCCGGUGUUCUAGCCACAAUCCUAGGUAGACACACAGAGUACAUAUACAAAACAGUGUGUAAAUAAUGCAUAAAUGGAAGCAGUCGUAAUAUUUCAACAAACCCAAUAGACUUGUUUACAUUUAGCGUUGUCAAAGCCAAGAAUUUACUUCAAAAAUAUUGUAUAAAUACCCUAAGCAAAUAUACAGUGGUGAGCUACAAACAAGCAUUCAUUUAACUAAAAUUUCACGAGCCAUGUUUCUACAGACUAAAAAGUACAAAAUUCCAAUGAAAACUUGUAGAAUUUUUCGAAAUUCGGUAUAAAGCUGGAAAGUUUGAUUUAUAUGACAAAUAAGAAAAAACUUCUAACUCGAAAACCAUUGUAAAUAUUAUAAGAAAAAUCAUCAUGCACUCAGUCCUGCUCGCCACUGUGCAUAAAUAUGUAAGUAGGAAUACUUAUGUGCAUGCAUUUUGGAUAAAAGGAUAAAGGAUUCUUACUGUGUUCACCUUACAACUACAAUUGCCCAUAAUCGUUCACACAAAUGUACAAAAACGCCAAAGUGAUGCUCUGACAAUGCUUACUCAAUUUUCAAUACCUACACGUAAAUAAAAUGCAAUCUUAUUGAUAUUAAAUUUUGUACUCGGCACUUCUUUAUGAAUGCAUAUUUAAGCCAUACUUGCACACAAUAUACACAAAUACAUAGAAAAUAUAGAAAGUAAAUAGAAUAUAAGACCUUCAGGAAUAAGUAGAUUUUAAGUUACACAAAAUGAAAA